ACGCACUACCGACCGCGCCACCAUUUUUCUGGUCCGAGACUGGAACCCAGUUUCCCGGGUCUGCACAAGCCCCUGAGACCGUAGACACCGCCCAGCGGGAGCCCCGGGAUCUCACGGUAAAAAAUAACAUUUGGAUUUAUUCAUCAAGUGCUUGAGCAUUGGACAGUCUGUCUGAGUCUACCACUUCCUGAACAGCUGAAAAAUGGUGUUUGUGAACCUAGAUGGCUGCAUGCCAACCCCAAUUUUUGCUGAAAUAGUCACACUGCUAUCCUGAGAGGGUUGGUGGUUUUCCAAGCCUGAAGUCUUUUCUAAUCAAAGCAAGGAGAAGAUUUGUGGUUGUUGAAUAUGCAAGGAGCUGAAGAGAAAGCUACUGAAAGAGACACUUGUUCAGGUUGGAAGAACAAACCUGUUGCAAAGCAGGGUGUUGUUCAAAUUGAUCCACCAGGGAGAAUAGCAAAGAGAUUCCAAGAGGAUGAACAGCAGGGUUCUAUGUUGGAAGAAAAAUAUGCCAGUGAGGACAUAAAGGAAAAUUCUUGGGAAGAGGCUCCUGGGCCAGGAGGUUUUGGGGGAAUAAACUUUAUCCACGGAGAAGCAUCCCCUGAAAUGUUUAGUCAAGAAUAUAAUUUUGAGAAAAGCUUGCUUUUGACCUCAAGCCUUGUUACACAUCUCAGGGUUUCUACAGAAGACAGUCUGCAGCAGUGGGAAACAUGUAAUAUACAUACAAGUGAGAUUUCAGACCAUAGUAAGUGUUCAACUCUCUCCACACAGAAAAAAUCUUGGCUAUGUCAGGAAUGUGGAAAAAACUUCACUCAGAGCUCAUCCCUUACCCAACAUCAGAGAACUCAUACUGGAGAGAGACCCUAUGCAUGCAAAGAGUGUGGGAAAGCUUUUAGUCGUAGCUCAUUCCUUGUUCAACAUCAAAGAAUUCACACUGGAGUGAAACCAUAUGGAUGUGAGCAAUGUGGGAAGGCCUUUCGAUGUCGAUCAUUUCUUACUCAGCAUCAGAGAAUCCACACUGGAGAGAAACCUUACAAAUGUAAUCAAUGUGGGAAUUCUUUCCGCAAUCAUUCACAUCUUACUGAACAUCAGAGAAUUCACACCGGAGAAAAACCCUAUAAGUGUAAUAGAUGUGGAAAGGCAUUCAGUCAGAAUACACACCUUAUACAUCAUCAGAGAAUUCACACAGGUGAGAAACCUUAUUUAUGUAAUGAAUGUGGCUCUUCUUUUCGUAAACACUCAAAUCUUAUGCAACAUCAGCGAAUUCACACUGGGGAAAAGCCACAUAAGUGUGAUGAAUGUGGGAAAACCUUUCAAACAAAGGCAAACCUCUCUCAGCACCAGAGAAUUCAUACUGGAGAAAAACCCUAUAAAUGUAAGGAGUGUGGUAAAACCUUUUGCCAGAGUCCAUCUCUUAUUAAACACCAGCGAAUUCAUACAGGAGAAAAACCCUAUAAAUGUAAGGAAUGUGGCAAAGCUUUUACUCAGAGCACCCCUCUCACUAAGCAUCAGAGAAUUCAUACAGGGGAAAGACCCUACAAAUGCAGCGAAUGUGGCAAAGCCUUCAUCCAGAGCAUUUGCCUUAUUCGGCAUCAGAGAAGUCACACUGGAGAAAAACCCUAUAAAUGUAAGGAAUGUGGCAAGGGCUUUAAUCAGAAUACCUGCCUCACUCAGCAUAUGAGAAUUCAUACUGGGGAGAAGCCCUAUAAAUGUAAAGAAUGUGGGAAGGCCUUUGCUCAUAGCUCAUCUCUUACGGAACAUCAUAGGACUCACACUGGUGAGAAGCUCUAUAAAUGUAGUGAAUGUGAAAAAACCUUUCGCAAAUAUGCACACCUUAGUGAACACUACAGAAUUCACACUGGUGAGAAGCCAUAUGAAUGCAUCAAAUGUGGAAAAUUCUUCAGACAUAGUUCAGUCCUUUUCAGACAUCAGAAACUUCACAGUGGUGAUUAAUCCUGGCAUUUAGCUUAUGAUGGUUUCUCUAGAAAGAGUACCCAAGAAUCUGGCUGGGAGGAGAGGGGCACAUAGGGAAGAUGAGACUUGGCUGCUCUUCUCACGUGGAAGUGGGAACCUGGAGGAUGCAGAACUUACUCCAGGUGGACAUCUUGGAAUACUGGGUAAAAAGGAAAAAACAGUUUUUCAGAUAAAGCUGGCAGAUUACCACUCCUCUCUCCAUAUGACUACACCAAAAGGGCAGACAUUUGUUAAGUUAGCACUUGUGUUUCCUUUACCAUACUCCACCCAGCCUUCUGACUUUGUCACCUAAGUACAGUGGCUGAUGUGGAAGUGACAGCAAUCUGAUAUAGUUCUGAGGUUUAACUUCCAGAUGUUUGAGGCAGCUGUGACCAUUCCAUGAUAGGGAGGCUCCCUGAUCUGUAGAAGUAGUCCUGUGAGUGGGAUACAGAAACAAGUGGGGGAAAAAAAAGAACCUAUAUUCAUUCAUUCAACCAAAUAACAGGAUGUGGCCAAAACUGGGCUGAUCUGUACAGAUGUUCUGUUGAAGAUGACAUUCAUUGGGGUGAGAAAGAUCUUUCUGAUGCUUUUAAGCCUGUGGGUGACAUGAAGCUAAGAAGAAAAUAGAAGACAAAGAGAGUUUGCCAUUUUAUUGAAAGACAGGUCUGCUCAGGGGAAGGGAAAGGAAAAUCCAACUUCUGUCACAGAAGAAUACUAGUUUAGGAGAGAAGUGGUCUGUUGUGGACUAAUAGUGAUAAGAGGCUUCAGAAUAGAAAGCCUGAAUGUGUCUGAGGAAGCCAUAUAUGUAUAUAUAACCUUGCUUGUCCUAAGGAGUACAUCUCUGUGUUAAAAGUUUGGCUAGGCCACUGGUUCACAGGAACUAGUGUAGAGGGACCCACUAUGACUAACAAAAGGGACUUGGGUAUUGGCCUUUAGGAGAAAGCUUUAGUGAUGAAAGAAGACAGCCUUUUAUGCUGGCUGGAGUUUCAGACUCCUGGGCUAGUCCUUAAUAGAGUGUUGGAAUUUGUCAAUGAAUUUGGAAAGAAUUCUAAAUCCCUGUAAAUCAAAAUAACAGUUUAUUGCUGAAAUUACAGUUUACCCAUUAUUUCCUCAGUCCCUUUCAUGUACUUAACUGCCACCCAGAAAUUGAGCUCCAUAAGAUUAAGGACUUUGAGCAGUAUUUGAAAUAAUUUCCUAAGUUCUGAAGCUUAUAUAAUUUUUAAAAUAUGAAUAUAAAAAUCACCUAAAGUAAGUUGAUUCUGGAAUGCUUAGUUAUUUGUAACUGCAGAUAUAUCCAGAACUUCUGUCUUGCAAGCAUCAGUGUAACCAUUCAUAACUGUUAAUAGGAAUGUGAUACAAGUAACAUAUUUGCUUUUUCCUCUCUAGCUGUGAAGUUUAUGUUCUGAAGACCUACAACAGAUGAAAUCAUAAUUGAGGAAAUUAAUACCUUGUUUGCAAAAAAAUAACCCUAUGAAAUAUUUCUGAAUAUUUUAUGCUCAUGAAAAUAUAUAUUUUACUGAAAGUAAA